CUGACUACCUGAUGUCUUGUUUUGUUCCAAACACACAAUUCACCCUUUUUUUCAAAUCAACACUGUCUCUCUCCUGCUCCGUGAGAUUGAAUUUCAAAAUCCAUCUCCGCUUCUCGUUCAACGUCCCAGAUCUUUACCUCUACUCUCAUUCUGUACUUCUCAAUUAAUGCUCUGAUGUUUCUGACUAUAAAGAUUCAAGCUUUGUACGGAUUCUUAUUCACAGUAGUGAAGUGAAGAUUUUGGAUAUGAGCUUUUCAGAGAAUUUUAUGCUGGAGUGAAGAACUAAAAUGGAGGUUGAGAAGCGAGGAAAGGGAGGCUUUCUUCAGUUGUUCGAUUGGAAUGGUAAAUCUCGGAAGAAGCUCUUCACUACCAAACCUGAUCUGCCUGAGAGUUCGAACCAUGGAAAGGAUAGUUGUCAUGGUUCAGUCAUUGCACGACGUCAGCUGGUGCUUGAAAAAUCCUUCCAACUGAAUGCCACAUGUGACAAUGAUUAUCCUUAUUCUUCGUUAGCUAGUGGCGACUCAGAACAGGGAUCAAAAGCACCUGGGGUUGUCGCACGUCUUAUGGGACUGGAUUCUUUGCCGACUUCAAAUGUUAAUGAACCUUGUUCUAAUCCAUUUCCUGAGUCCUAUUCAUUUAGAGAUUCUAGUUACUUAAUGGCCGCUCCUGCAUUUCAUGGUGAACAUGAUAUUGUAAUCUUUGAGAGUGUGCGCAAUAAGUUGGAUGGAUCUAGUCGUAAUCCUUUGGACCUGAGGUUGCAAAAGGUGCAGAAUCGACAUAUAGAGAGGUUUCAAAGAGAGAUACUGCCUCCCAAAUCUGCUAAGCCCAUCUCUGUUACUCAUAACCGGCUCUUGUCUCCUAUCAAAAGUCCCGGAUUCAUUCCACCUAAAAAUGCUGCUUACAUAAUUGAGGCAGCUUCCAAGAUUAUGGAGCAGAGUCCAAGGUCAACCACUAAAGGCAAUUUCUCAUCACUUGGGUUACCUUCUGGACCAUUUAGAGUUCGGGAUUUGAAGGAGAAAAUGGAGUCUGCUCACCGAUCUUCUCAAUCAGCUGGUGCAUCCCACAGGGGGAAAGAGGAAAAUUCUAAAAAUUUCAAGAAACAACUUAAUGCUCGGGGUAAAGGUCGAUUAGAAGAAAGUUAUCAGUAUAAGGGAUCUGAAGAAUCCAAAAGGGCAAGUUUGCAAAGGCCAAAGAAUAAUGAAAAGCCAGUUUCUCUUGGAGUUCAGGCAAAAUCCAACUUCCACAGAAAAGAUGGGACAGCUUCUUCUGGUAGCAAAAGUUCUGAGAAGCAAAAAGAACACAAUGAAUGUGUAACUAGGGAUAUAGAACAUGACCAAAAGAAAGUGGAAAAGCAAAGUUCAUCAAGAAGGCCAUCUGAUGCGCUCAGGUUGAAUAAUCAGAAGCAAAAUCGUGCCUCAGGCAAAGAUGAUGCAAAUUUUGAACCUUCUUGUUCCCAGCCCAAGGAAAGACAAGAAUCAAACAUGUCUUCCAAUAACAAUAAUGGGCGGACUAACAGGAAUGUCACUAAAAUUGUUGUCAAUAAUGUGGUGACAUCUAGAAAGACAAAUUUUGUGGCUGCUGAUCCUGGAAAGGAGGUUUCUUCGUUGAGAGCAAAGACAACUUCAAAGAAAAGAUUACCUAUGAAUAGGAAUGUUCAGUCUAGUGGAGGUGUUGCUCAAAAAGUUAUGACCAUGAAAGAUGAAAAAUCUAUAAAAUGUAAUGUUGCCUCUGAAGGUGAUUCUAAAUGGGAUGUUAUUGACAAGAAAAAUAGUUUUGAUGUCGUGUCAUUCACAUUUACAUCUCCAAUCAAGAAGUCUGUUGGAUCUAGUUCAAGUGCUGCAAUCUUGGAAGCAACUAGCUCGUCUUCUCCCAGUUACGAGCCUUGUGUACACGGAUCUGAUUUAAGAAGUUCUGCAGCGUCCUCUUCAGGGUUAAAUGUUAUAGGCGGAGAUGCUUUAAGUGUACUUUUGGAACAAAAACUUCAAGAAUUGACUUCUAGGGUUGAGUUUUCCCAGAUCGACAUGCAAGGAUCAGCUUCUUUGUCCAGUAAUAACUAUGGAAACAUGAGUCCUGCAGUUAACUUGGUGGAGUCCCUGCCCAUGGAUAAUGGUAUAUGCAAAAAUAAACUAGAAGCCCAGGAUGCAUCCGAUUGUGCUUCUGCUGAUGAACUUUGGCUCCAAGCUGAACAAGCAAGCAAGGGGCUAAGAUACUUUGAAGGGGCUGGUGAUAGUAACAGUCAGAGACACCUGUACUUGCAAGGGUCCACUUCACUCUCAAGUCAGCCGUCUCUGUCAGGAGCUAGUUGUGACUCAUUUGAUUUUGGCAGAAGCUCAAGCAUUGAAGGUCCAAUGGAGUGUUCAUCACUUGACUUGUGUGAAGGAAUGAAUUGGAGAUCUACUAGGAAGCAGCCCCACAUAACUGAAAUCGAUCCAGAAAUAUCAGAUACCGCCUCCUCACUGUCUGUUGGGGUUAUGUCUGAAACUGUUUCUUCCAGUCUACAUGUGGUAGUCUCAAAAGAUUCUUCAAACUGGGAACUAAAAUACAUGGAGGAUAUUCUUAGCCACACAGAAUUCUUGCUGGAGGAGUUCUGUCUGGGACAAGCUCACAAAAUCGUAUCUCCUGACUUCUUCGUGCAGCUGGAGAAUCAAAUGAUGGAGUCGUACAAAACCAUGGAAGAAAAUGUGCUAGAACGUAGAGUAUUGUUCGACUGUGUGUGUGAAUGCCUGGAACAGAGAUGCGGGCGGCUUCUUGCUGGCGGUCGCGAGUUCUGGGCAAAGCAGAUGGCGGUGUUACAUAGAAGGCAAUGGAUGGCAGAUGAUUUGUACAGAGAAAUAUGGAGGUGGACGAACUCAGAGGAGCUGAUGGUGGACGAGCUCGUGGACAAAGAUAUGAGCUCGAAGAGUGGGAAAUGGGUGGACUUUGAAGUUGAGGCAUUUGAAGAAGGUGUAGAGAUGGGAAAUAGGAUACUAACUUGUUUAAUAGAUGAAUUGAUCGAUGAUUUCUUCUUGUGAUUUUGCCUAUUUUAUGAUUCUUUCUAACUUUGUGGUUUGUUUGUGUCAAAAAUCAUGCAAACUAAUUGUAAGCCUAAUUCGAGAUACUUGAAAAAAAUCCGUUUAUAGUAAA